GCGACGCUCUGAAGCGGCCAGCGGGAGACCAUGAGUACUCUCCCGGAGUUUUAUUCGAGGCGGCGGCGGUGGGACUCGCACUCUGCCCAGUCGGAUCAAUUGGGAUUGCGAUUAGGGAUGUGGUACUGGAAAGAUGAAACCAAAACACUUGAAUUCAGAAGUUUUACACCUGCAGUAGAACUCAAGGAAAGAGGAAAGAAAGGCAAAGCAGUUCACUUUGUUGAAAUUGAUGGUCCAGCUUCGGACAGGUUGACAGAUAAACGGUUUGCUCUAAGAGAUGAUAAGUCACCCAGAGGCUUGGAGAAACGGAGUCAGCAGGGCAACGUUACACUCCACGAUGCUAAAUUUGUGGCUUUGCUUUUACUACAAGAUACCGAGAUGCCGCGUAUCUGUUCCUUUACAACGUUUAUGAGGAAUAAGAUUCUUGACAAUUUCCUUAUGGCAUUGUUGUACUACUUAUAUUAUUACUUGGAAAAAAUCUCACAGGAAAAGAAACCCAAAAGCUAUAUGGUAGGCCUUGUAGAGAAAAAAGAAAUGGAAAUGAUUAUCAGUAAGUUAGAAGCAGCACAGAAAUACUUGGCACAGAAGUACUGUGUCCUUGUCCUGGGCUUGGGAAUGCCCGAGAAGCAUCACAUGAGCUGCGGAAAGGGAAAAAUAUCAGAUACACAAAAAGACUGGAAAUUCUUUGAGUCCUUUUAUACAUUCUGUACAUAUGUAGCCUGGAUUGUCUUCCGACGUCAACACUUCACAGAGAUUGAGGAAGAAAUAGGAAGGCUCUUUCGUUCCAACAUGUUCAACAUUCCUCGAAGGAAGCGUGAGGAUGAAGAGUCAGGAGGGGAAAAGAAGCGCAUGACUUUUGUACAAUUCAGGAGAAUGAUGGCAAAACGCCCAGCGAUUAAAAAAGCCAUUCACAUGCGCUCUCCAGUCAUGUCCACUCUGCUGCCCUCUCUCAGAGAAAAAGCUCAGAAUGUCUCUGAGAAAAAGUACCGUCGAAUAGGCACGAAAUUCCCAGCCCAGCUGCAAGAGCCCAGGGAAACUCUGGACUCUUUGCACAUGCCAAUAGUUGGCAUCUUGGGGGAGCCUCGAUGUCAGUUCAACCCCCAUACCCUUAUCCCCCUUGAUCCAGAAGAAAGCAUGAAGUCUGGGAAAUCGUCUUCCCUGAUAGAAAGAAAUAACUUGAGGAUUCAGGAUACACUGGACUUAGUCAUGAGAACACUGUCCUCUCAAACAACAUUCCCUAAAUAAUCUAUACAUUCCACUUCUAUAGUUAAUUCUUAUAUUUGAAGUAAACUACUUUGACUUAAUCACUAAUUA